AUGGCCGCGGCACUUCCCGUCUUCGAAGGGCUUCGAUGCGCCACGACGAGCAGCUCGAUUAUUUUGUCUGAGGAUGUCGAGUUUCUCGGCAAGACGGGCGAUCUCGUGAGCGUCCGGGCUGGGGAGCUCAAGCUUGAGGCCGAAAGAAAAGAGAACGAGAAGAGGAAAUUGAGAGAGGAUGCUGAAGCUCUGGCACGGGAACUGCAAAGACUAGGACCUCUCAGCGUGAAGCGUAAGCGUGGAAUGGCCAGGCUGAUUUUCGGAACGAAAAUCGACAAAAGGAACAUGACCGUCCCCGAAAUCCGAGAGAUUGGAACGUACACAGCCGAGGUCAAGUUGCAUCCCGAAGUAACAACUCAAGUAAAGAUCACCGUGGUGGGAAGCUGA